CCAUGGUGUAGCCACUGCAUAAUCAACUCAUCACACCCAAAUCAUUCACAACUAUACUACAAAACAAUAUCAAAUAUAUAUAUUUUUUCUUUCCUUUGUAAAUCAUUGAUGAAUUCAGGAACAGGUUCCCCUUGUGGCGCCUGCAAAUUCUUGAGGAGAAAAUGUGUGAGGGGAUGUGUUUUCGCCCCCUAUUUCUGCCAUGAACAAGGCGCUGCUCAUUUUGCAGCCAUACACAAGGUCUUCGGAGCUAGCAAUGUAUCCAAGCUCCUCGCCCACCUUCCCAUCACCGAUCGUUGCGAGGCCGCCGUCACCAUCGCUUACGAAGCUCAGGCCAGGCUUCAAGAUCCCAUCUACGGCUGCGUUUCACAUAUCUUUGCCCUUCAGCAGCAGGUUGUCAAUCUCCAAGCACAGCUGGCUUCUCUCAAGGAGCAAGCAGCUCAUUACAUCAUAAGCAGCUCCAACACUGCAGCAAGCCCUAAUGAUGAGAAAUUGUACGGUGGCGGCGGCGGCCGUUGUGAUGUUCAGAGCUGGUGGCAGAAUCAGAGCACGAUUCCCCAAUUCGAUGCGAAUUUCCACAGCAACGUGGAAAACGUGGCGUAUUUUGCAGGUGGGGCAGCCAUGAAUAUUCCUAACCCUUCUUCUGUCAAGUAUGAGAAUUCGGGUUUCGUGGAAGAGAAUAAUCAGUCGUUUGGAAGCUUCGAUUCGGGCGAGAUGCAGUCGGAUGAGAGGCAAUGGCCGUUUCAAGAUGAUGCCGAUGAUCUCCAGUCAGUUGCAUUCAGAUACAUUCACCAUUAAUUCUUUUAAAAGAAAGAGGGGAAAUUCAAUAAUUUCUAUAUAUUUAGGGCUUUUUACCAGAAUAUAUAUACAUAUAUAAUCAAUCAUUGGUGUCCAAAUUUUUGUCUGCAAACUUUGAUGAUGAACACACAUUUCUGAAACCCUAGAAAUGUUUGUGCUGUCGGAAAGCUGUUCACCGCCGCCUAUGAUUGUUUUCUUAGAUCAUGUGUAAGUGUAACUUUGGAUAAAUAUAUAUUUAUAUAGAGAGAAUGGUUUAAAUGAGAA